AUGUCUAAUAAAUCCAUCAUAGGUGAAGGUGAUGAAAGGCUGCCUAAUGGAUUGAACAAGCUGUACAAUGUUAAGGGGCACUACUUUUCAAGUAAUGCAGAGGAUAGUCAACACGCUGGUGGCAUUAUAGAUGUACCUUUAGCACAAACUGGUGAAGGUAUUGCAGAAUGUGAACUCCUCAAAUGGUUUGUCCAAGAUUCUGUUGGAGAAACUCUAUUACAGUUGGUAGUUGAAGAUUCUGCUGUUCCAUUUAAUGAUUCUGAUGCAUCAGUAGUUUCUGAUGGAUCAAAGUUUGAUGAACACAAGCUAGAGCUCAGAAAGAGUCAUGCAAAUGACAAUUUAUCCACCCCUGUUGUUAGAAGUCUUGCAAAGCAACAUGGUAUUGAUUUAGCUGAUGUCACUGGAAGUGGUAAACAUGGAAGAAUAUUGAAAGAAGAUGUAUUAAAAUAUGGUGUAGAAAAAGGAAUUGUUGAUGACAAACCUGCUUUUAAUCCUACUUCUAUCGAACCCAUGUCUGGACCUGAAGAACAACUUCAAGAGAUGGUUGAAUCGCUUUAUCAUGAUAAGAUAUUCUCUCAAAGGGCUUAUCAACGUGCAAUGGUUAGGUCAAUGACUACAGCUGCUAGUGUUCCUCAUUUUCAUUAUGUGGAAGAAAUAAACUGUGAUGGGCUUAUGAAACUUAAAUCAACUUUCCAGAAAGAGAAUACUGAUCUAGAUAUUAAAUUCACAUUCCUUCCUAUGUUAAUAAAUUCAUUAUCCUCUGUUCAUUUAUGUUGUAAACUCAUAUUUUAA